AAGGAACCGAUGAGACGACCAUUUUGACUCCAACCUGUUUAGAAGGAUUUGAGAGCUGGUAAAUACGAGAAAAAUACUACAAGAUCCCAAGGGGUUACCAGCACUAAUUAAGGUUAACAACCACAGAACCAUGUGCACUGCUCUACAGACGCUGCAUAAAAUCUUCAGGCCAAAUGGCAGGUCUGUGGUUUGUUGGAUUCGAGUACUUAUGGGACGUCAAAACAAUGGCCGCGUGAACCAAGACGUGAAGCAGUUGUAUUAGGAUUAAAUGAUAUCAUGGAGUGAGGGGAGGUGACGGAGCCAUGUACUAUCCUCUGGGACUGCCGAGGCGCCUGCGUGUGCCUGGGGGAGCCUCCCAUGGCCAGGUGAAGGCCAUCGUGUGCAACAGAGACAGGGUCCUCUUCGCCGUCCUCACUGAAAAGUCUAUAUGGAUUUGGUUCAGCCGACCAUGUGUGCCUGUGGUUGUCCACCAGAGGUCAGAAGAGUCUAUCAGCACCAUUGGCACCAACCAGAUGCUGGAGUGGCGCCAUGACUCUUCCAUGAUCGUUGUUGGUACUAAUAAGAAUCGCCUGAUAUUCUACUCCAUUGUGGUGGAUGAGUCUCGGAGGGAGGUGUAUGAGCAAAGGGAUCCCCCAAAUCCCACCCUCAAGCGGGAGUCUGCUGAGUUGUACUCCUGUGAGUCCAUUCCACCCCUCAUGUUCUCCACUGCUUUUGAGAGAGAAGUGAGUGGAGGAGUGACAGGACUAGUAUGCUUGAGGGAUGAGCUGAUGGUGGCAACAGGAUCAGGCCAUAUCCAGCGAUUAUGUUGGGAUGGCUCCAUCAACUACAGCUACUGUGUAGAUCUGCGGCGCGUGCCCUUCUGUGAUGACCAGCUGGUAAUGAAGGCUCUGCCCCUUGACGCCCCGGGUGUGCAUGUGGUGGACCUGGAGUACUCUCCGCUGGUGGGUGGCUUUGCCGUGGUUCUCAGUGAUGGCAGAGCAGCCUUCCUCACUGCCUCCACCCUCAAGUUUGACCCUAAUGCAGUGCAGGGGAUCUGGGCACGGGAACUAGAAGAUGCCACGUGUGCUGCCAUCAACCACAAGUACCGUCUCCUGGCCUAUGGAAGAGCCAACUCUCAAGGAGUGGUGUACCUUGUGGAUGAAGCAACAGGAGGUCUUGAAGUUUCUCAUCGGAUGAUCCUUUCAGACAGAGACUACGGAGGCUCACCAGGACCUGUUGGUUUCAUGAAGUGGACCCCUGAUGGUACUGUGCUAGGCAUGAGCUGGGUUGGAGGAGGACUAUCUCUUUGGAGUGUGUUUGGUUCACUGUUGACUGUCUCCCUGCGUUGGGACUACUCACAAGACCCUCUUUCUCAUGCCAUUACUAUCACAAAUAUGGAAUGGGGAGCAGAAGGGUAUGAGCUCUGGUGUGUACAGGAGCAUGAGGGAGGGAAGGAGGCCUGCUGGGGUAAGUCAACAUUCAUGGAUAAUGAGGAUAAGAAGGAAGAGAAAGAAGAAGAGGAAGUCACCACAGGAACAUCAGUCUUGCAGUUUUCCUUUAUCAAGAGUGCUCUCACUGUCAACCCUUGUAUGAGCCGGCUGGUGAGGGUUCUCCUGCAGGGCAGUGACUGCCUCUAUCUCAAUACUACUGAGGGCCUCAUGGGGACAUCCUCAAGUAUCCCUCAUGAUGCUCUCUCUCUCUACUUUGAUGAUGAUGAAGAGGGGGCUUUUGAGGAUCGUGCCAAUACCCAAUUUAAUGUGGCUGCCAACAAGCAGUGGAUUGUAGUGCCUAUACCAUACAAGUACACCUCUUCCAACUGGCCAGUCAGGUAUACAUGUGUGGAUGAGGCUGGACAGUUGGUGGGUGUGGCAGGGCGAAAUGGGGUCACCCACUACUCUUUGCGUUUAAGACGGUGGCACCUGUUUGGCAAUGAGAGCCAAGAGCGAGACUUUGUGGUAACAGGAGGACUGCUGUGGUGGAGGUCAUCGUGGCUGGUGCUUGGGGCCUACAACAUCCCUGCCAACACAGAUGAACUGAGGCUGUAUCCACGUGAUCACAAGCUGGACAACUCCUUCCUCACCACUGUUCCUCAACCAGCACAGGUCCUUUUGCUGAACAUAUAUGGGGACCAACUGAUUGUGCUGACUGCUGAUUGUCACAUUACUGUUUACAACUUGCAGCUCUCUCAGAGCGAUUCAGGUGGCAGUCCUGGCAGUGUUGUGGUGUCCCGGGUGCAGGAGGUGGACAUCUCUGGCUUGACGGUGCAUCCAGCUUGCGUGGUGUCAGUGCUGCUGACUAGUCUACGCACUGAGUCAUGGCAGGCCAAUAGUGGACAGCAUAGUCUACUACCUGCCCAAAGUGUAAUCAUCAACAUCUCAGGCAAGGUCCUUAUGAUCCAGAGGGACCAACAACAGCCCCUUGGCUCUCCCAACAAUGGAAAGCUGUUUCACAGUGCACAGAUGACACCCAUUGUGCUGGCAUCAGGUUGCGAAGCACUGUGGUGUAGUAGCUGUGCUGUUAGUCAUAAGCCCCAUCUGAGCCAUGCCUUGUGGCUCCACUGUGGAGCGCAUGGCACCCGAGCAUGGUUGCCUUUGUUUCCUAAUUCCUCCGAUAAGUCACACACCUUCAUGGCCCGAAGGAUCAUGUUGCCCUUCACUCCGUCCAUAUAUCCCUUGGCUGUUAUGUUUGAGGAGGGCAUUCUCCUUGGAGCUGAGACUGAUACUUCCUUGCUGGCCUGUGAUGCUGCCUCCCAUCAUCAACCCCUCAUGGUAGUGGAGCGAACUAGCCAAGUUUACCUCCAUCACCUCCUGCGACAACUGUUGCGCCGAAACCUAGGAUAUCAUGCAUGGGAGGUGGCUAACACUUGCCGAGAGUUACCCUACUUCCCUCAUGCUCUUGAACUGUUGCUCCACCAGGUUCUGGAAGAAGAAGCCUCAAGCAAAGAUCCUCUCCCAGACUGCUUACUGCCCCGAGUUGUUGAGUUCAUUAGAGAGUUUCCAGUGUACCUUCAGACAGUGGUGCAGUGUGCUCGAAAGACUGAACUAGCACUUUGGCAUUACCUAUUCUCAGCAGCUGGUAGCCCUAAACAACUCUUCAUUAGGGCACUAGAAGUUGCCCAGCUAGACACAGCAGCAUCUUACCUCAUAAUUUUGCAGAACUUGGAGAGUGCUUCUGUGAGUCGCAGCCUUGCCACCCGCCUCCUUGAUGCCACCUUGGAGGCUGGGAAGUGGGAUCUCAGCAAAGACCUGAUUCGUUUCCUGCGCUCCAUAGAUCCAACAGAUUUGGACUCACCAAAGCCCUCUAUACCUUCUUGUGGCAGCACCAAAGUUGGAUUUACUCAUGCCACCCCACCAGUGUCUCCAGCCUGUGUAGAUGAGGAUCUCUCCAUGAUCCUUCCAAACACUCAGAUGUUGUUGAGAAGGAUCCCGUCUGUUCUGGUCAUCCUACCACAGGUGUUGCGAGGACGUUCCUUCUCAUCAGCUUCAGCCCCAAAAGUGGCUGUGGGUGAAAAUGGCCCAACUAACCACCAGUCUGUGGUGAGGACCACCUCUGAUUCAGCCAAGGUUCUUCCUGACAUUACAAGACCAAGCCAAGCUGGAGGCCCCACUCGAAAACGUUCCAGUAGUUCCCUCAGCCGUGAAGUAUCUACUGCUGAAGAGUUCUUCCUUGAUGUAAUCCUUCAGAGACAUGCAAAGAAACUUCUGCUUGGAGGCCGUCUAAGGGAUCUAGGGACAAUGGCUGCCCAUUUGGACUUUCCAUUGGUGUCGUGGCUCAGGAGAGAGCGUAACCGAGCAUCACGCGUCGAUGAUUUUGUGGCCUCCCUUAAACAGGUCCACAGGGACUUCUCAUGGCCCUACCCAUCUGUUCCCUCCUCACAGAUUCGCCGCUAUUCAGUGUCAGUGGCAAGGGGUAUGGGCAGCCCAGGGGAGAAGGUUGCUCUGGUAGAAGAAAGGAUGCAUGGCCUCUCCAUCACAGUGCCUAAGAUUGCAUCACUGGAUACUGGAGAGAUUGGAGAUAGUGGAUAUCUGAGUCAAGCUACUGGAGACACUCAUACUGUCACCCCUCAGCAUGGGCCACACUCACCACCAGCCCUACCCUCUCCUAUAGACAUAAUACCCCGUCAGGCACUCCUCCUUCCCCAUUCUCCUGCUGCAGGUGACACAAUAAGUGUGAUGAGUGAGGAGGGAACUGUGUAUGGUGAUGAUGCCUCCAGUCUCUGUGGGGACUGGGGCACAGACGGCAGUGAUCCUACUCGAGAUCUGCUCUCCCGUCCUCCUGACCCUCCACCCCAGCCUACACCUCGUCCUCCUCCUCAUGCUGAGGUACAGCUGAGGUACCUCUUGCAGGUGCUGCUGGAGGCUGGGUGUCUGGAGUGGAGUGUUGUGGUUGCAGUGGUACUACGUGAUGCCCUGGCAGUGUUGCGAGUAGUGACACUGGCCAGGGCACCUGAUGUGCCAGCUCAGGUCAUAAACAGACUUACAGCUGGACUUCAGGACCUCCUGCUCUUCACCACUACUGAAUGCUUGGGCUACCAGAACUUUUUAGGUGCCAUCAUGAGUCAAGUGAAGGUGCUGGAAAGACUAGCCAGCACAAGGGAGGUGUCCAGGACACCCAGCCCCCCUUCCUCUCGUCCCCCUUCCACCAGUAAGGAGUCAGAGCCUUCUCCCUCAAAUGCAGAAGCCUGUGUCAGAACCACUAUACAGACUGCACCUCCUGUAUCCAGCCAGCAGCAGGCUACUCCUCAGCAGUCAUUAAAGCAACAACAGCAAAAUCAACAACCUGCACAGUUGUCACAGCAACUCCCUCAACAACAGUUGCAGCAACCAACCAUACAAAGAAUGUCAAUACUGCCUCGCCAAACUUCAGGCACCACUGAGACCUUAGCAGAAGAAACUCUGUCUCAAGCAUCAGAAGAAGAACUGUUAGUUGAGGAGGAGGAUCCCAUGGCAGUUGAGGAAGGAGGCAGUGCAGCAUGUGUGGUGUCUUAGGCUGUAUUGCAACUUACAGGUGCUACUAAACUUCAUCUAUCCUCAAGUGUGACUAUAGUAUUAUAUUAUCCUCAUUGAACACCAUCUUCAUGAGCAUGGAUCUGUACAUUGAGUCAAGAAUUGGAAAGUCUUGCUCACAUCUAACAGUAAGUUACCAUAUGUGUAUGAAGAGAAAAGCUUUUGUCAUGUUGAACAUAGGAAAACUUUGAUACUGAUCAUGGAAUCAUGUGAAGUUGUCUUGACAACAUGGCAUGGACCAUAAACAGUUUAAUUUCCUGAGAAAGAAUGAUGAUGGACUCUGUUUGUUUACCUGUUAAGAGCCACCAGUUAAACACCUGUUUUAAAGUUAGCUCAGGAAUUUACAUGACUGUGUGAUUGCAUGUUACCUAAGGAUUGUAAGCACACAGUUGCUUUUUUACUAUGUGACAAGAUAAAAGAUAUAAUUAAUUAUUUAUUGGCAUCAAACAAUAAUUCACUGAUAAUGUACAAGUUGAAUAUAGCAAUAUGCUUAUAGGGUUACAAGUAGCAACAUUGGAAGAAAAUUAUAAGAGAAGUGUUUGGGAUCUCAUUAUUUAACUUUAAAGGUGAAGUUAGAAAUGAGUCACUGCAUGUAAUGUGCAGACCGUGAAUUGAGUAGCAAAGACACCACAGGUAGCAUGACUGCUGAUAAUGCCAUGAUAAUAGAAAGUCAACAAAUUAGUUACUUUGAGACAAAAGUUACUGUAUUCAUGUUUUUUUUUAAGAUCAUAUAAUGUAGAGGUGAAAUACUUUUGACUGCUUAUUGCUUCAACAUUCUUCAUUGAUGUGUGAUGUGCCCUGAAGGAUUUUGAAAACUGUGUACACCUUAUAAGAGGAUUAUUUUCUUGAAGCUUGCCCUGUUAAGAGCUUACAUCUUUAAUAUGUAGGCUGUCAUCAUUACUUUCUUUGUUUGCUAUGCUUUAUUAUACAACUCUCUCACCUUUUGAUUAACUGCCACUACUGUUUGCCUCUCCGUCCACCUUGUAAUACUGGUUUUUGUCUUAUUUUUCUUUUAGAAAUUUUCAGUCAUUACAAUAUAUACACACACACACACACACACACACACACACACACACACACACACACACACACACACACACACACACACACACACACACACAUCUUUUCAUCCUUUUUUUUUUUUUUUUUUUUUUUUUUUUUUCAUUAUAAAUUUUUUUCCAUCAGUGAGAUAAGUGCUGGUUUUGUGUAAUGAUGUGCCACAUACAGUUGGUGAGGCUAAUAGACAAUAAUCCUUAGUGUCUCCUUCAUUGCUGAUUGACCAGUUUUUACACAGAAUGUAAAUUUAUUCCUGAGUAUGAGUAAGCAGUCGUAUUCUCUGAAAAUAAUAUUUUACCUUGCUUCUGUCAGGGUGGAAAAAAUGGUAAUUUGUUAAUGUAUUUUAUGAUAUUGGUGAUUUUCCAUGUGCUUACUGUGAAUACUUAGGAGGUAUGAACAGGGAGCAUCAGUGGUGGUGGAGAAAGGUAAUGAUGUGGUGCAGCCCUUCAAACCUCCAACAUGCUUUAUGUGAAGGAGCUAAUGUAUAUACUGGUAUGUUACUUGUUUUAAUACUACAGUAAGAACUCUUUUAUUGGAAGGGGCAAAAGUGGGGGAGUGUUAAUGAAAAAAAAAAAAUUGAAGUCUUACAUUCCUAUAUUGAAACAUAAUUCUUCCAUCCAUUAACAAUUAAGACAAGUUUUGAAGUUUUCUUGGUGUAUUAUUAGUAAGGACAAAUAUUAAUUUAUUGAAUCUUGAUGUUAUAGCAAAAAAAUUUCAAAUGGUAAGUAGUAGGAAAUUAAAUAAGCGUAGGAAUCAUGUGCUAGUAUAUAGAUCAUUUUUUUAUUUUAUUUGUUUUUUUAUUUGAUAAAUCACUUAGAAUAUAUUAAUUUUUAUAUUAAAAAGCAGCAAACAAUUUUAAACUGAUAAAAGAGUUUCUUCUGUACUCUCAAGUAUUACAGAGGGUCCAAAGUGACUAGGCUAAGUUUCUAAGAGCUUUAAAAUUAGCUUUGUGGUAACCCAUGGAACAUUGAAGCAGUUGAUGUAGAGUCUGUAUAUGAUUGUAGAUACACAUAUUUAUAUGCUGUACGUAUAUGUCCCAUGUUGGUAUGUGUAAGCGGCCAGAAAUUAAGAGUUCUAAACACUAAAAAAAUAGCUCCUUUGUGUAUGAGAGAGAGAGAGAGAGAGAGAGAGAGAGAGAGAGAGAGAGAGAGAGAGAGAGAGAGAGAGAGAGUCUACCUAUCCAAUCUUUAUCUAUCUGUCUGUCUUUCUGUAUGCAUAUGGGUGAUCUUACUAGUGCAAAAGAUCAACAAUCCUGCUCGUGUGUGUGUGUGUGUGUGUGUGUGUGUGUGUGUGUGUGUGUGUGUGUGUGUGUGUGUGUGUGUGUGUUUGCUUGGUAUGAGACCAGAAAUUACCCAUACUCCACCAUGUGGUAGUAAACAACUAAAUUUACCUGGUUCAUAGACCAUAUAUUUCUAUAAUCAGUGAGUCCUGUAUCAUGAAGCCCAAAACAAAGUAGCAG